UUUCAUUCUGUUACCGUGACAAGAAUGAACUGGACGUAUUAUUUGUUGAGAAAUUAGUUUUGGACAUUUAUAAUUAAUUUUCUAUUAACACAAGAAUUACUCUUCGGUCAUUGAACUUUAUUAUAUACAUAAUAAUAAAACAAAAGUAAAUAAUUUGAAAAAAAUUGUUUUUUGAAUUGAUAUUUUUAUCUUUUUGAAUUAUUUUUUAUUAAUCGAAAGUAUUAUCCAUUUUUAUUUGCAUGUGAAAUAUUGUUUUUUUUUUUUAAACAAGUACAGUGGGUUUGUUUUCCAAAAAAAAAAAAGAAAAAAAAGUGAACUUAUUAAUUUUUAUGUCAGUGGCUCGACGAUUAUUUAAAAUGGACAGUUUCAAGAUGUCAGAUAAGAAUCCAGAGAUGAGAGCAACAGCUGCGAGAAUCUGUCGUGAACAUUUACAUGGAGUUUGGAAACACGUCACCCCGGAUAACAUUGUUGUUAAACGUAUAAGUGGCGGAUUAAGCAAUUGGUUAUAUAAUGUUCAACUACCAGAAGGCACGAAUACAGUUCGUGGUGAACCCAAACAAGUUUUGGUACGAUUGUAUGGCCAAGUUCAUGGAGAGAGGGCAUUGGAGGGUCUCAUAACUGAAUCAGUUAUUUUUACACUUUUAUCAGAAAGACAACUUGGUCCAAAACUUCAUGGUAUCUUCCCUGGUGGUAGAAUUGAAGAAUACAUCCCUGCUCGUCCUCUUCUUACAAAAGAAUUGUCUGAUCCAAUAUUAAGUGAAUUAAUUGUUGAAAAAAUGGCAAUGAUCCACAAAAUGCAAGUUCCUAUUAGCAAAGAGCCCUCGUGGAUUUGGGAAACAAUGACUAAGUGGUUGAAUAUAGCUACAGAUAUACUGGAGAAUGUCGAAGAUAUCGAUUCUCUUCAACUUGACAAUGUUAAGGCCAUCAAGUCACUUAAACUUGAACAUGAAAUCAAAUGGUACAAAUCAUUAGUGCAUCAGCAAAAAUAUCCUGUGAUGUUUUGUCAUAAUGAUUUACAGGAGGGUAACAUUCUUCUACGGCAAAAUUCCUCAAAAUCAGAUCUAGUAGUAAUUGAUUUUGAGUAUUGUUCCUACAAUUAUAGAGGUUUUGACCUUGCAAAUCAUUUUGCUGAAUGGCAGUAUGAUUAUAAAGUGGAUAAUCUUCCCUUCUUUAUCGAGAGACGAGGAUAUGCACCCACAAGAGAGCAAAAGCUGAAUUUCGUCAGGAGUUAUUUGAAGAGGAUGGGAAAACAAGGUGAAGCUGAGGAAGAAAAAUUAAUGUCAGAAAUUAAAGUUUUCUCAUUGGCUACUCAUCUUUUUUGGGGAUUGUGGGGAAUUGUCAACGCAAAAACAUCUGAUAUUCCAUUUGGAUAUUGGGAAUAUGCAGUAUCGCGACUAAGAAAUUAUCAGGAACUAAAAGAGAAAUUAAUAGCCUCAGGUAUAAAUGGAGGAAUCAAAAGGAAAUAUUUGGACUGAAAUAUAGGAAGAUAAAAAUUUGAACGUAAUUUUUAAUUCCAUUAAAAGGAGUUAAGUUUGUUAUACGGAUAUGGGACAAUUAUAACAAGAUUAAAGCGAUUAAUGAUACUUAAUCAUGAAAAUGAAAAUGAAACAUUGUGAUAUGAUCGUUCUAAAGAGACUUAAAAAUAAUGUUUUGUACUGAAAGUAAGGCUGAGAAUAGAGACAAAAAAAGAGGAUAGGUACAGAAAGAGAAUGUGAUAUAGAGUAAUUAAGAGCAUGAAGAUGUCCUUAUUUUUAAUAGGACAGUAAAUCUCAAAAUGGAACAGUAGGAAAAAAAACUAUUAACUAAAUAGUACUUCGAAAAUUGAAACGUGACUUACAUAGGUAGAAAAUAAUUGAAGCAAAAUUACAUCUGUCGAGAGUAUUAAUCAAAUUAUAAGAACUGUCAAUACGAAGAUCUAAUGCACUGAAAAAAAUUUAAUUCAAAUAAUCAGUUAUUUCACAAUUAUUCAAUAAACAUUUAUUUCAAUCAAUCAAUUAUUGUACAAAUAUAGUUUAUUUAAAUCAAAUGUAAAAAUUAUUUGGUUUAAAAAAAUUUAUUUGAAAAUAUAAAUAAGUAACUUGUUAUUUGAAUCACAAAUUUUUUAUCAGUGUAGCAUUAUUUGAAAAUUAAUUAUAAAAAAUAAUUACAAAAAGUUGUAACCUGCGAAAUUUUCUUCCGUUUUUCUAAAAAAUUGAUAAAUAUAGAAAAUAAUUCGCAAUAAUCUGCGUCAAAAAUUUUUCUAAAAGAAAAUCGUAUUUUAUACUUUUAUUAGGUACUAGUUGCAAUUCGAAAUUUUUUUUUAAAAGUAAAUUUCAAUACUUAUGUUACUAAACUGUAUUAGAUACCUAUUGUAUUUCUUUACUAUAUUUAAAAAUAAUUUGUUGAAACGUUUUUAUUAAAUUAAAAAUUAGAACACAAAAAAACAAACUGUUAAUAAUUGUAUUACUGUAAUUUGUAUUUAUACUACUUCUUAUUUAUGCAGUAUGAAAAUUUUAUGUUUAUUCACAUCAAUUCAAUGUAAUUUGAAAGUAAUGCAGUGGUUUUUAUACCGUUUUCGCUACUAAGUAUAAAACAAAAUUACUUUCUAAGGCCUAGUGAUAAAUUCUUUUAUAAUGUAUAACAACUUUAUUUAAAAUUUUAUAGAAAUGAAUUUUUAAAAUUAAACUUUUCCAUAUUAACAUUUUAUUAAAUAAUACAACAUGUCGUUUGAAAAAGUUACUUAAUCCAAUUAUAUGAUUAUUCGCUUUUAACAACAAAUUGUACAAAAAAUUCAACUAGAUUUUAUAAUCAUUGUAUUUAUUAGACCAACAUGUUUAAAUAUAAUUUUCUAAGUUAUUUUAUUACAAUAAAUUAUAUUUACGUUGGAUAAUUGUAUUUAAAUCAUUAUUAUAGUUUUGCUAUUACUAAUAAUUAUCCUGGAAUUCUUUAAUUCAUUUUCUCCCCAUCUGACCUUAGUUGAAUUUACGAUUGAUUUUUUUGAUAGGUUUUGACUGCAAAAUUAUUUUUAAAGAAACCUGCCCUAAGUUAUAACAAAUGUAAAUUUUUUUUAAAUAUACUUAAUGAAUAAAAACAUUAGAACAUUCAUAA